CGCCCCCCAAUGGUCUCUCUCUAGACCUUUGCAGUUGGGGGCACCCGCUUCGGUUCUGUGGUUCGGCCGACCCCGCGCGGCAACGACAUGGAGGAAUUCGACUCUGAAGACUUCUCCACCUCGGAGGAGGACGAGGACUACGUGCCGUCGGGUGGAGAGUAUAGUGAAGAUGAUGUAAAUGAAUUAGUGAAGGAAGAUGAAGUGGAUGGUGAAGAGCAGACACAGAAAACCAAAGGGAAAAAAAGAAAGGCUCAGAGCAUUCCGGCCAGGAAGAGAAAACAAGGUGGGCUCUCAUUAGAAGAAGAGGAAGAGGAGGAUGCCAAUGCGGAAUCUGGAGCAAGUAGCAGUGAGGAGGAAGACACAGCUGCAGUACAGGAAGAAGGCAUUGGGUCAGAGGAUGCGAGGAAAAAGAAGGAGGAUGAACUAUGGGCCAGCUUCCUCAACGAUGUAGGACCAAAAUCAAAAGUGCCCCCAAGUACACAUGUUAAAAAAGGAGAGGAGACUAAAGAGACGAGUUCAAGUAAAUUGUUGGUCAAAGCAGAAGAGCUAGAGAAAUCUAAAGAAACAGAAAAAGUUAAAAUCACCAAGGUGUUUGAUUUUGCUGGUGAAGAAGUCAGGGUGACUAAGGAAGUGGAUGCUACAUCUAAAGAAGCCAAAUCCUUCUUCAAGCAAAAUGAGAAAGAAAAACCACAGGCUAAUGUCCCUGCAGCUCUGCCGUCACUCCCUGCUGGGUCAGGGUUAAAAAGAUCAAGUGGCAUGAGCAGCCUUUUGGGGAAAAUUGGAGCCAAGAAGCAGAAGAUGAGCACCCUAGAGAAGUCCAAAUUGGACUGGGAGAGCUUCAAGGAGGAAGAGGGCAUUGGUGAAGAACUAGCCAUCCAUAAUCGAGGGAAGGAAGGGUACAUUGAACGGAAAGCUUUUCUAGACCGAGUGGAUCACAGGCAGUUUGAAAUUGAGCGAGAUCUCAGGCUGAGCAAAAUGAAACCCUGAUGUUGUGGGGGAAAAUCAAUAGCGGCUUAAUCCUGUUUACAAUGUGAGCUUUUUGUGCAUCUGUGAAAUGUUUCCGGUAUUUCUCAUCAACUGUUUCCCAGCAAGGUCUUGUUUUCUAUUUUGAGUUUCUGUCUUUGUAUCUUGAUCUCAGUGGUUUCAUUCAUUUUACUUUUAAAAGUGUGUUCUUUAAAAAACAAUAAAUAAAUAAAUAAAUAGAUACAAGUUGGUCCUGUGAGAGGCUGGCGAAGAUGAUGACACCACUUACCCUCCCUUAUUCUGCUGCAAAGUCUACCAGGCCAAGUCAGUACAUUCCAGGCCUGUCUGGACCAGCGUGGAUGUGCAGUUCUGGGGCCAUGGGACUCUUUGUGAAGUCAGCCUUGCCCUGAAGACUGAGGGAAGGAGGCUCACUGGUGCCAAUGGAACACCAGUCCCAGGCAGUUUUGGGGGGUUUUUUUGGUUUGGUUUGUUUUGGUUUCUGAGGAAGAUUGUUCCUGAGCUAACAUCUGUUGCCAGUCUUCCUCCAUUUUAUAUGUGGAUUGCCACCACAGCAUGGCUGACGAGUGGUGUAGGUCCAUGCCCAGGAACCGAACCCGUGAACUCUGGGCGCCGAAGUGGAGCGCACUAAACUUAAACACUAGGCCAUGGGGCCGGCCUGGUCCUGGGCAGUUUUGUUCUCUGUUCUGCUCGUGCUUCUCCCCUGAUCUCUUUCUCCCUCCUGAAUGGAAUUCCGAUUUACUGGUACAGUGUAAAGCUGAAAAUAAGGAUAUAUUAUUGCUGAAUUAGGGAUUUUUUUCCCUUCAGCCUUUUUCCUCUUCCCAAAGUUAAAGUCAACUUCAGAUGUGCUCCCACCUCAAUAGUUCUUUAAUUUUUGGUUUGUCAAAGAAGACUGUGAAGGACCCUUUCUUUUUUAUACUCUGUAGGAAAAUUUAAAUUCCAAACUUCAUAUUAAUAGAGCAGUAAACCACACAACCUACUCCUG